AUGUCGACUCCCUCGACUGCCACUGCAACUCACCCUUCUCACCACCCUCACUAUGGCUAUUCCCACCACCAAAUCGGUUAUCAAUCAAACGGUGCUUAUCCUGCAACCAACACUCCAACCGGAUCUGCUCGUCUAGCAAAUAGUUACGCCUACCCUGCCAACACGCCUACUGCCUCGACCACCAGCACGAUGACUACCGCACAAUCUCAUCCUCUUCCUCCUGUUCCUCAAUCCGCCCCAACUCCCACAAAUCCAACAUACAAUACCACAAACAACGACUCAAUGUCGUCCGGCACAUCGACCCGCCGGCGGAAGCCCAAUUGGGAGGAGUUCUAUAAAAACGGGCUGCCCAAGGAAGUUAUCAUUAUUGAUGACUCGCCUCCUCCAGACCAGACCACGGGUACUCGACUUGCGGUGACGUCGACAACAACAACAACAAUCAAUGGCCAGCCCGCAGGAAAGAGACGCCGAACAGGACUCGAGUCUGCUUAUGACGUGAGUUACCACGACCGACCGUCCUUCUCGACGAACCCACAACCAUACUGGGAGAACUCGUCUCACAAUUCUCUAUCUACCGACCGCACCACAUCCUUGCAGACAACCGCCCCCACGUCUCUCGGGUCAGCUGGUAGCGUGGGAACAAAUAAUGGGGUUGUCUACGAGGAUGCCAAUGUCGGUCAGAAGCGCAAGCGUAAUACGAGGACAUCGACUCGACAAGAGGCCAAACGUCGAGAACUCGAGGCUGUCAGCGAUGCUUUCCUCAGUUAUAUCCCACCCCCUCAACCUCCGAUCAAGGCGAAAGAGGUUCCUGUGCCUGUGAUUCGUGAUUACUCUUACGGAAAACACGAGAAAGUCGACGAUGACGAUGGACAUUAUAUAGUUCAACCAGAUACGCCGCUUACUGAUCGAUAUUCGAUUAUCCGGUUGCUCGGUCAAGGCACCUUCGGUAAAGUCGUGGAAGCGUACGACAAACAACGAAAAAUGCAUUGUGCAGUUAAAAUCAUUCGCUCGGUGCAAAAGUACCGUGACGCAUCGAAGAUCGAACUGCGAGUGCUGUCUACGUUAGCUUCCAACGACAAGACGAAUCGAAACAAAUGCAUCCAUCUGCGAGACUGCUUUGAUUUCCGAAACCAUAUCUGCAUUGUCACUGAUCUUUUAGGUCAGAGUGUCUUUGAUUUCCUCAAAAGCAAUUCCUUUGUUCCAUUUCCGAGCAGUCAGAUUCAGAACUUUGCUCGUCAGUUGUUUACCAGUGUAGCUUUCCUUCACGACCUCAAUUUGAUCCACACCGAUUUGAAACCAGAGAACAUCCUUCUGGUCAGUAACAGUUACCAGACAUUCACAUACAACCGCACCAUCCCCUCAUCAUCCCAUACCACGGCGCGCAAUGCUCGUCACCGUCGUGUCCUACUGGAUAGUGAGAUUCGACUGAUUGACUUUGGCUCUGCGACCUUUGACGACGAAUACCACUCGUCUGUCGUGUCGACACGUCAUUAUCGAGCGCCAGAGAUUAUACUCAAUCUGGGAUGGAGCUUUCCAUGUGAUAUCUGGAGUAUUGGCUGUAUUCUGGUUGAAUUCUUCACAGGAGAUGCCUUGUUCCAGACGCACGACAAUCUCGAACAUCUUGCAAUGAUGGAGAGCGUCAUCGGAAGCAGGAUCGAUCCAAAGAUGGUGAAGCAAGUGGUCCAAGGUCGAGGGAAUAGUUCUAACCAAGCUGCAAAAUAUUUUAACCGAAACAAGCUUGACUACCCGAAUGAAGAGACGACGCGAGCGUCACGCAAAUAUGUCAAGGCAAUGAAGCAGCUGCAUGAAUUCAUACCUCAAAAUCAUGCAUUCAACAAACAAUUCCUAGAUCUCCUUCAAAAGAUCUUUGUCUACGACCCUAAACAACGGUUGACGGCCAAACAAGCCCUCAAACACCCGUGGUUCAAGGAGACGAUAGUUGAUGAUGGGACUGAAGCUGUACGGCUUGCCAAAUUCCACUCUCGUUUAGCCUGA